CUUGUUUGUCUUCCCUUUUGCCCUUGCCCUGUCCUUCCCCAUCUCCAGGUUGUGCUCCAGGGAGGAGGAUGCUCUGUGGUUCCCCCAUCCACUGCUCUCUGUUGGCUUUUGUCAUUUCCACUUUAGUUUUCCAAGUUCCUCAGGGGCACUCAGCUCCACUCACCGUCACUGCACCCCCCGGCCCCAUCACCGUGGCCAAGGGCGAGGACGUGGUGCUGCCCUGCAGCUUCUCCCCGGGGCAGAAUGCACAGGACACGGAGGUGACCUGGUUUCGGGAGCAGUUCUUGCCCUUUGUGCAUCGCUACAAGUUGGGCCAGGACCAGUACGGGGAGCAGAUGGUUCAGUACCAAGGGCGCACUGAGCUGGGGAAGGACGGCCUUGCCAAGGGCAGCGCGGACUUGAGGAUCUUCCAUGUCCAACCAUCUGACACAGGGAAUUACACCUGCUUUGUUCAACGAGGCUCAGAUUACGAUGAGGCUGUGGUGGAGCUCAAGGUGACAGAUCCCUUUUUACGAAGUAUCUAUCCUUGGAUUAUUGCCCUGGUCCUGGUCCUGGCUGCUGUGGUCACUCUAAUUAGUUUCGCAGUUUAUCUGUAUAAAAUUAAAGGACAAGCUGCCCCAUGGGCGGGGAGCAGAGCUGCAGGCUGGGGGUGGGACAGGGCUUUGCACUGCUCAGCCUUGGCACAAACCCGCCCUCCAGCCCGUGCAGGGGGUCCCAGGAGAGGGCAGACAGGGGAUGUCCAAAUCAAUGGCCCACAACCCAUUUGUGCUGCUUUCUCUUCCUUUUCAGAGCAACAAGCCCAGGAACUCGCAUGGAGAAGACACACAGUGCCUAUAGAAGAAGCGAACGUGGUUCUGGAUCCAGACACAGCCCACUGUGAGCUUGUCCUGUCUGACAAUGGCAAAAGGGUGACACGAGUUCACACACGACAGGACAUCCCCGACACCUCCAAGAGAUUUGACCUGUGGCGCUGCGUUCUGGGCCGUGAGGGCUUCACCUCGGGGAGACACUACUGGGAGGUGGAGGUGGUGGAGAAUGCAGGAAGAUGGAUUGUGGGGAUUUUUAGAGAAGAUGCGAAAAGGAAGGGUGAGAUUGAGUUUAAACCAGAGGAAGGCAUCUGGGCAGUGGGGAAACGGCCAAUACUGAAAGCUUUCACCUCCCCUAGUCCCACUGAUUUUCCUGAAAUCAAGGCUCCCAGGCGGAUCCGGGUCUCUCUGGAUUAUGAAAUGGGACAGGUGGCAUUUUUCAGUGUUGAUGAGGGGAUUCCCAUCUUCACAUUUCCACGGGUAUCAUUUGGGAGGAAAAAAGUCUACCCUUGUUUCUGGGUGGGUCCUGGGACACGUCUGAAAAUAUGUCCCUGA